AUGCCGGACCAGAUCUCCGUGUCGGAAUUCGUGGCCGAGACCCAUGAGGACUACAAGGCGCCCACGGCCUCGAGCUUCACCACGCGCACGGCGCAGUGCCGGAACACCGUGGCGGCCAUCGAGGAGGCCUUGGACGUGGACCGGAUGGUUCUCUACAAAAUGAAGAAAUCUGUGAAAGCAAUAAAUAUCUCCGGGCUGGCGCAUGUGGAAAACGAGGAGCAGUACACACAGGCGCUGGAGAAGUUCGGGGGCAACUGCGUGUGCAGAGAUGACCCGGACCUGGGGAGCGCAUUCCUGAAGUUCUCAGUGUUUACAAAGGAGCUGACGGCGCUGUUCAAAAACCUGAUUCAGAACAUGAACAACAUAAUCUCCUUCCCUCUGGACAGUUUGCUGAAGGGGGACCUGAAAGGAGUGAAAGGGGAUUUGAAGAAGCCUUUUGAUAAAGCUUGGAAGGACUAUGAAACAAAAAUAACCAAGAUAGAAAAGGAGAAGAAGGAACAUGCCAAACUCCAUGGGAUGAUCCGCACGGAGAUCAGCGGGGCUGAGAUUGCGGAGGAGAUGGAGAAGGAGCGGCGCUACUUCCAGCUGCAGAUGUGCGAGUAUCUGCUGAAGGUCAAUGAAAUUAAGAUUAAAAAGGGAGUGGAUUUACUUCAGAAUCUGAUCAAGUAUUUUCAUGCUCAAUGCAAUUUUUUCCAGGAUGGACUGAAAGCAGUUGAAAGCCUCAAACCUUCCAUUGAAACACUUUCCACAGACCUUCACACAAUCAAACAGGCCCAGGACGAAGAGAGAAGGCAGUUGAUACAGCUCCGAGAUAUUCUGAAAUCGGCAUUACAGGUUGAACAGAAAGAGGAUUUGCAAAUGCGCCAGAGCACGGCCUAUAGUUUACACCAGCCUCAGGGGAACAAGGAGCACGGCACGGAGCGCACCGGCAACCUCUACAAGAAGAGCGACGGGAUCCGAAAAGUGUGGCAGAAAAGGAAGUGUUCGGUGAAAAACGGCUUUCUGACCAUUUCCCACGGCACCGCUAACCGGCCUCCCGCAAAGCUUAACCUGUUAACCUGCCAAGUGAAAACCAACCCCGAGGAGAAGAAGUGUUUUGACCUAAUUUCACAUGACAGGACGUACCACUUUCAAGCCGAGGAUGAACAGGAGUGUCAAAUAUGGAUGUCUGUGCUGCAAAACAGCAAAGAAGAAGCUCUAAAUAACGCAUUUAAGGGAGAUGACAACACAGGGGAAAAUAACAUCGUCCAGGAGCUGACGAAGGAGAUCAUCUCGGAGGUCCAGGGCAUGACGGGCAACGACGUGUGCUGUGACUGCGGGGCGCCAGAUCCUACGUGGCUCUCCACCAACCUCGGCGUUCUCACCUGCAUCGAAUGUUCCGGGAUCCACAGGGAGCUGGGCGUUCACUACUCCAGGAUGCAGUCCCUGACGCUAGACGUGUUAGGAACGUCCGAACUGCUGCUUGCCAAGAAUAUCGGGAACGCAGGCUUCAAUGAAAUCAUGGAGUGCUGUCUCCCCACUGAGGACUCGGUCAAACCCAACCCGGGCAGCGACAUGAAUGCAAGAAAGGACUACAUCACUGCCAAGUACAUUGAGAGGAAAUACGCACGGAAAAAACACGCGGAUAAUGUGGCCAAACUUCACAGUCUUUGUGAAGCUGUGAAAACAAGAGACAUUUUUGGAUUACUUCAAGCAUACGCCGACGGUGUGGAUCUUACAGAAAAAAUCCCACUGGCCAAUGGACAUGAGCCGGAUGAGACUGCCCUCCAUCUUGCCGUCAGGUCCGUGGACCGGACUUCUCUCCACAUUGUAGACUUCUUAGUUCAGAACAGCGGGAACCUGGACAAACAGACGGGGAAGGGCAGCACGGCCCUGCACUACUGCUGCCUGACCGACGGCGCUGAGUGCCUGAAGCUGCUGCUGCGGGGCAAGGCCUCCAUCGGCAUCGCUAACGAGUCAGGAGAGACACCACUGGACAUUGCCAAGCGACUCAGGCACGAGCGCUGCGAGGAGCUGCUGAACCAGGCCUUGUCUGGAAGGUUUAAUUCCCACGUUCACGUGGAAUAUGAAUGGCGACUGCUCCAUGAAGACCUGGAUGAAAGCGACGACGACAUGGACGAGAAGUUGCAGCCCAGCCCCAGUCGGCGAGAAGACCGGCCUGUCAGCUUCUACCAGCUGGGCCCCAGCCAGCUGCCGUCCAGCGCUGCAGCUCUGGCGAGAGACGCCGGCAGCCUGGCCAAGGACAAGCAGAGAGGCUUCGUGCCCAGCCUCCUGCAGAACGAGACAUACGGUGCCAUCCUGAGUGGCAGCCCGCCGCCCACCCAGCCUGUGGCCCCCGGCUCGGCCAGCGCCCCCCCGCUCCCCCCACGGAACGUCGCCAAAGCUCAGCCAGCCUCCUCCGCUAACGCCCCGUGGAAGACAAACUCUGUAAGCGUGGACAGUAUAAGCCGGCAGCGAUCUUCGUCAGAUCCGCCCACUGUCCAUCCACCGCUGCCCCCUCUCCGCGUGACAUCUACCAACCCCCUGGCUCCCACGCCACCCCCUCCGGUGGCCAAAACGCCCAGUGUGAUCGAAUCCUUGAGCCAGCAGAGCAAGCCGGCCCAGCCCGGACUCCCACCCAGCAAAGCCCCGCCACCCUUGCCGCCCCAGCCGCCCAGCCGCCUCCCCCAGAAGAGGCCUGCUCCCGGGCCUGACAAGUCAAGCCCACUGAUUAACAAAGGCCAGCCGAGAGGACCUGUGGACCUCUCUGGAACAGAAGCUCUGGGUCCUCUGUCCAAUGCCAUGGUCAUGCAGCCCCCUGCGCCCAUGCCCAGGAAGUCCCAGACGACCAAGCUGAAGCCCAAGCGGGUCAAAGCCUUGUACAACUGCGUGGCCGACAACCCCGACGAGCUGACGUUCUCCGAGGGGGACGUGAUCAUCGUGGACGGCGAGGAGGACCAGGAGUGGUGGAUCGGCCACAUUGACGGAGAUCCGAGUCGCAAGGGAGCUUUUCCGGUGUCUUUUGUGCACUUUAUUGCUGACUGA